GUUUUCAUUGCCAAAAAAAAAAAUUUAAAUAAUUAUUAUUUAAAAAAACUAAUUAUAACACAUGAUGAACUGAGCAGUUGAUACUGCAGCGCCAUAUGAGGCGAGGCGUUGUCCUCCACGAUGUUUUUAGAAUGAGUAGACUUUGGCUCUCGGUUGCAAGUGGUUUUGUGUAAUAAUUGCACAAAAUGAGUCACAUUCUAUUGAUUUCUUAGAAAGAUUAACAAUAUAUGCAGAAAUGGAUACUUUGGAAGAGCGAAGCUCACUCUUGGAAAAUGCUCUUCUUCAGAAUGGAGACAGUGAGCUUUACACCGGUGACGGCUCAGUUGACGCCAAUGGGAAGCGCGUGGCAAAGCAGAAUACAGGGAAUUGGAAAGCAUGCUGCUUCAUUAUAGGUGCUGAAUUUUGUGAAGGCUUGGCCUUCUUUGGUAUUUCUAGUAAUCUUGUUACUUAUUUUACAAAAGAAUUGCACCAAGGAAAUGUAGCUGCUGCGAAAGCUGUUUCGAUUUGGCAAGGCACUACCUACCUCACACCCUUUAUUGGAGCCAUUAUUGCAGAUGCUUAUUUGGGAAAAUAUUGGACCAUUGCUGCUUUCUCCAUCAUCUACUUCAUAGGAUUAUGUGCCUUGACUCUCUCAGCAUCAAUUACUCCAGCCAAUACUUUUCAAUCUGCUAUAUUUCUAUGUGGACUUUAUCUGGUUGCUUUAGGGACUGGUGGUAUCAAACCAUGUGUUUCACCAUUUGGUGGAGAUCAAUUUGAUGAUACUGAUCCAAAGGAGAGAGCAAAGAAGAGAUCUUUCUUCAACUGGUUUUACUUUACAAUAUGCAUUGGAAUUUUUAUGGCAACGACUUUUCUUGCAUGGAUUCAAAAUAAUGUUGGGUGGGGUCUAGGAUUUGCUAUUCCUACACUGUGUAUGGGCAUUGCCAUCGCUUGUUUCCUUUUUGGAACACCCUUUUAUAGAUUUCAAAAACCAAAUGGAAGUCCAAUUACUAGAAUGUGCCAAGUUUUGGUUGCAUCAUACCGAAAGCGGAAUCUUGAGGUGCCUAAAGAAAGUGAUCUUCUUUUUGAAGUACAAGAAAACAACUCUGUCAUGGAAGGAAGUUGCAAUAAGCUGAAACACACUAAUUCACUGAAGUUCCUUGAUAAGGCAGCUGCGAUGUCUGUUGUUGAGAUUAGUAAUGGUGAGAACUCCUUCAAUCCAUGGAGUCUUUGUAGUGUAAACCAAGUGGAAGAAUUGAAGACUUUGAUUCGUUUGUUACCAAUCUGGGCUACUGGAAUAGUUUUCUUUGUUGAUGCUGCUCAAGUUUCUACAAUGAUGCUAGAACAAGGGAUGGUGAUGGACUCAACUAUUGGUUCUUUAACCAUUCCUCCAGUUGCUCUCGCAACAUUUGACGUAGUUGUUAUUCUUUUGGUUGUUCCAAUGUAUGACAGGGUAAUCGUGCCCUUUGUUAAGAGAUUCACAGGAAACGAAAAAGGCUUCACAGAGUUGCAACGGGUGGGGAUCGGCCUCUUCAUUUUGGUUCUAAGCAUGUCAGCAGCUGCGGUUGUAGAAAUGUAUAGACUUUACCUUGCCAAAGAACUUGGUUUAGUUGACAAAAAAGUAUAUGUACCACUUAGUAUAUUAUGGCAGAUACCUCAGUAUGUUUUGAUGGGAACUGCAAAGGUAUUCACUUCCAUUGGACAAAUAGAGUUCUUUUAUGAAGAGUCACCAAGUGCUAUGAGGAGUUUAUGCAGUGCAUUAUUGCUUCUAAACCUUUCAUUAGGAUUCUAUUUGAAUUCUGUAAUUCUUAUUGUGGUGACUUUCUUCUCAACAAAGGGUGGAAAGGUGGGAUGGAUACCAGACAAUCUGAAUGAAGGUCAUCUUGAUUAUUUCUUCUGGCUUUUGGCAGCUCUUAGCUUCUUGAAUUUUUUGGUGUACAUAGUCUUUGCCAUGAAUUUCAAACAUAAGAAGUCUGCUUAUUAAGGUUUGUUAAUUAAUAUAGUUAGCUUUACCUAAAUGUCAUUGUAACAACUUUAGUUAGAGUUAAUAAGAGUUAAGUUUCUUUUAAUCUUUUCUACUUUUCCUUUUGUAAUAUUACUCUAUAAUUAAUAAAGCCUUAGCUGUCGAUCAUACAAUCACGGCUCAUUUUCAUGUU